AUGUUGUUCUUAUCUAAAUUUAGAACAAACUGGCUUAAACUUCCAAGCCUGUCAGUUUUAAACACAAAUCGGCCCAUAUUUUUAUAUUUAUUUUCUAAUCGGGGCCAUGAAAGUCCAUUAUUCUUAAACGUUUUUUCAGAAAGUAAGAACUUUGCCAAUUCCGUCAAAAAUUUAGGAAUAGACUGUUAUUUAUCUGAUGUUUCUAAUGUGCCCUGUAGUGUAAUCGAUAAACUGGAAGUGACCACAGUUCCAGUGGUUCUGGGUCUUCUAAAUGGGAAGAAGCUGGGCGAGGUCUUAAGCAAUGGAAGUCACGACUCACUUUUGAAGCUGUGCGAUAAGCUAAGGUCAUUUUCUAACCAGUCUGAGAGUGAAUACUCUAGUAAUAUGCGUGAACUGGUCAAGGAUGGUAACUUAAAAAAUCUGAGGGCGAAUCUCUCCUUCGUCAAGACCAACAUGGCAAGGGAGACUGAAUCUGACCCAGCUUUGUUCAAAUCGGUUUCCGAAGCGACAAUCAUAUGCCAAGACGACAAACGUGUUAAUUUACGGGAUUUGCUACGCGAUUUAGAAAAAUUAGAUACAAUUUUAAACACCCUUGAAAUACGCAGGUUAUCCGGCGAGUAUACACAAGAGACUUCAAAAGACUAUUUAAAAGAACUCGAUGGACUAGCAAACAAGUAUUUACCUAAUACUUCUGACCCCAACCGUGAGGAUGGGAUGAUUUGUACCAACGGUGACAGUGUCAAGUUUUUAAACAUUGGAGAACUGAGGACCUGUCAUCUUAUGAGGGUAAGGAUUCUAAAGCUGAUAUCCGUGAAGCAUUUUCUGGAUAAAAACGUGAACGAAUCGCUAAAAUACGCUCUGGAGGCGUAUAAAGCAAACGUUAGAAACCUACAACGCGACUUUGUGACACCACAUGAGUUCAGCGGCUGUGGUUCAAGGGACCUGCUAGGGUCCCUGUUCACACUCUUUGACCCUAAUGACGAAUCUUUACUUAGCGCAAGGUCUGAGGUCGAGAACGUGAUGGGUCCCAGGCUUCUGGGCUCCUUUCCAGUCAGCACUAAGCCUAAGGGCGGCGUCACUAGGAAGAGAAGGGGCUUCGGCGGCAGGUACAUCUGGCAGGGCAUGGAGUACCGGCCCAAGAAGUACAAGCCCAAGAACAUAAAGCGGUUCUUGAACGAGUGGCGGUGCGUGCAGGAUUCAAACACACCAUCUUUCAACUAA